ACUCGCGGAUACUGCCCGCCCUCCCCCACCCAAAAAAUUUCACUCAGAUCUCCACCCCUCACCCCAACCCAACCCCCAUCCUCUUCUCUCUUUCAUUUCGCGCGCGCAAAUCAGCAGUCGCUCUCUCUGCCGAUCGCUCCCUCGCUCUCGCUCUCGCUCUCGCUCCCAUCAGAUCAGAUCAGAUCAGAUCCGCCCCCGCCCUGCUUCUCCUUCUCCACCCACGCCUAAACCUCUCGCUAGGGUUUUUUUGCGCCUUCCUUCCCCCCAUUUUCUCACCAUGGCCUCCGAAGCCCUCGAAACCGCGGAACCCGAAGGGGCGGCUCCUGUCGAGGGCAAGGACCAGCUCUCCGAGAAAUUAGACGAGGAACCGAAGGUCGAAGAAGAGGCGGAGCAGAAAGACCAGGAGAUUCCUCCGGAAGCCCCGGAGGCUUCCGACGAGAAAACGGCCGACGAAGAUGGGGAUGAUGCCCAGGAAGUGAAAGAAAGCGAAGAGAGUCCAAAAGGAAGCUCCGAGCCGAAGAAGAAGUCGAAGAAAGAUUCGGCGACGCCCGGAAUCGAGCGGCCCGCCAGAGAAAGGAGAUCGGUGGAGCGAUAUUCCGCUCCUGCCCUCGUCAGGACGCCCUCCAGCAAGGGUUUGUCCAUCGGAAAGGGUAGUGGUACGCAGCUUAAGGACAUUCCGAACGUUGCAUUCAAGUUAUCGAAGAGAAAACCUGAUGACAACCUGCAAAUACUUCACUCAAUACUUUUCGGAAAGAAAGCUAAGCAAUCAAAAUUGUCCAGCAAGUUCUUGAAGUUAUUCUUCCAAGACAAUCUGAAGGCUGACAUCUCUCUAGGAUAUGUGCACAGCUUGAAGAGAAACAUAGGCCAGUUUUCUGGGUAUGUGUGGACUGAGAAUCAGCUGGAAAAACAGAGAGCUAAAGUGAAGGAAAAACUUGAGAAAUGUGUCAAAGAUAAGUUGAUUGACUUCUGUGAUGUGCUCAACAUUCCAAUAAAUAAGGCAGCUGUUAAGAAGGAGGAGCUUUCUGCAAAGUUGUUGGAAUUUCUGGAAUCACCACAUUCUACGACUGAUGUUUUGCUUGCUGACAAGGAACAGGGCCAAAAGCGUAAGAGGAGGAUCGCACCAAGCAAAACUUUAGUCCCUGGAGAAGCAUCAAGUACAAUGACAGAAAAGAAACAAAAACAAGCUCCUGACUCUGAGAAGAAGUCAUUGGAGGUUUCUUCAGAAGAGGACGGUGAUGAUAAAGGUGACAAUAAGCAAGUCAAGGACGGUUCUGAUGCAAAUAGUGAUGAUGAUAUGGUGUCUAAAGAGGAGAGUGGUGAUGAGAAGAGCAAGUCAGAGGAAGACGAUACACUGAAGGAGCCAGUGUCCAAAAGUUCAUCCAGGAAAAAAUCAAAGGAUAGCUCGGUGUCCAAAACCAAAGAUACCUCUGAGUCUGCCAAAAUGGUCACUCCUGCAAAAUCGGCCAAGAAAUUGUCCGCCUCAGCCUCAAAGAAGAGUACUGUAGAUGGGGUUGGUAGUAAAAAAUCACUUCCUAAGUCAGAAGGAUCCAUGUCAAAGAAGCAAAAGGUUGAAAAGAGCAAUCAAAACAACCAAAGUGUUUCCUCAAAGGCGAAAACCUUGAGCAAGAAACAGUCCACCAAACCCUCAACAGAGGCGUCAGUCAAGGAUCGAGUAGGGAAAGGCAAAAGUAGCAAAAAGCCAAAAGCUGAACCCGGCAGAGAAGAGAUGCAUGCUGUUGUCGUAGAUAUUCUCAAGAAAGUCGACUUCAAUACUGCAACCUUAUCCGACAUUCUCCGGCAACUUGGUACCCACUUUGGCGUGGAUCUGAUGCACAGAAAGGCAGAAAUUAAGGAUGUUAUUACUGAGGUCAUAAAUAAUAUGACCGAUGAUGAGGAUGAAGGCGAUGAUGAUGAGGAAGCUGAGGAUAAGGCUGAUGCCGAUGACAAUGAAUGAGAAGUGAAUAGAGAUCUGAUUCUGUAGUUCGAUUUAGUUUAUCAGAAUUACAACAGGCAUGGUAGUUUCUAGGUAGAUUGUAGUUUUUGCAGCAAACGAGACUGGCCAGUCAGUUCUUGUGAAUUAGUUGGAAGAGAUCAGUUUGUACCAUAUAGCUCCAGACUGGCUUUUCAGAGGUAGAGUUGACCUUGCUGAUAUGGUUUUGUUAGCUUAAUUCCCUCCAUCCCCCUUCCAAGAUUUUCCUCCUCAAAGGUGUAAAAUGAAUUAGCGGACGGGGACUGCCUGUCGAGAUUGGUUAACAUUGUGAAUGAAUUUUAGACGUCAAUAAUGAGACUGAGCAUCUUGUAGACUAA